CGAUGAAGAACCAGCAGCAGGCCGAGAAAGAGGAGCAACAGCGCAUCAAGAACCUCGUACUCAAUUACGAAAUUCGGGAGAACGAAGAACAAGACGGUGAAGUCACACCUAGCCAACGACCUUUCCUCGUCGGAAUGCCCAGCACUGACGACCAACAAUCUAGUUCAAGAGAAGCCGAGCAGUUAUCACUACAACCGGAUGGACCGGGGCAAGGAGCGUGGCGUCCAGCGGUCGCGUAAACUUCAGCUCAGCGACGUUGAUUGGUAUGAAUCCUCCGGCAGACGUAGUAGAGAGGGUGUAACCGGAAUGCCUGCGCGCAAGCAGUCGUAUCUUCAGCAUCGGACAGGAGAGGGCAAUAUCAAGCGACCAUUUCCCUCUCAUGUGGCGAUGGGACGGAACAAGCGUAUUCCGUCCGAGGCGCGAAGCCGGCCCUGGCGCAGUUUCUCGCACGAACCGCAAACUCUUUCCGAGUGACAUGGUUUUAUAACAGGACAGUUACUGACAGGGAUGGAAUUUCGUGUCCACCGCUCUUACAGGACUUGAGACAGCAGCAGCAGCAGCAGCAGCAGCAGCAAUCUUUCUGCAAAGGUUUCUCUUCUUUUCGGUAUAGCGUAGAUUAACGCACCUCUCAUCCGAGCACACGCCG